AUGAUUGUUACACCAGGCACAAGAAGGACAUGCACAGCUGAAACCAAAAAGGCUAUCGCAGAUUGUGCUGUUGCAUUCGAUUCCGAAGACGAAGAUGAUUAUUAUUGUGAUGAUGUGUCAGCAUCUGCGCUCAAACCUGAAAUUGCGAAUCUGAAGGCAAGAAUUUCGGAUCUACAAGAAGAAACCAUGGCCGAUGCUAUCGAACGCUUGGUCCAGAGGAAUGGUAAAAACGUGGAGCUUCCAGCCGAGUUAUUAAUUGAAGCAUUGAACAAGCCUCUAGAGCCAAGCAAUUCAAUGUCAAACAAAAGCUAUCGCUCGUCGCCGCGGUUCUAG